CGGUUUGAAAUUGCGAUGCAUUCGCGAACGGGAGAAACCGAAGAAACAAAAUCGUAUGGAAGAACGACGACAAGAGUGAUUAUCCAAGAAUCUGUUAGAAAAAAAAACUAGUGACUGUAUUGUGGGUAUUGUGUCUUACAUUUUCAUGUUCUGUCUUGUAAACUGAAAACUGUAUCGUAGUCGCUUUCUGUUUAGUUCACCUUUGAAAUUUAGAAUGGCACCCGCUAAGAAAGCCGGCGGUGGACGCAAAAAAGCCGCCAACGGAUACCAGAUGCCGGAGCCGGUUCCCCUGGGGACGAUGCUUACCGAUAUGGCCAAGAGGCAAUGGAAGGUCGGCCCUUCAAUUGGCAGCGGUGGCUUUGGUGAAAUUUAUUGCGCAUGUGAGGCCAGUUCCGGAGUAAAGAAGGCGGAAGAUUAUCCGUAUGUUGUUAAGAUAGAACCACAUGGUAACGGACCCCUGUUUGUUGAGAUGCACUUCUACAUGCGGAACGCCAAGCAGGAAGAUAUUGAAAACUUCAGGAAAGCACACGGCCUGAAGCAUUUGGGUAUGCCCCACUUUGUAGGCAACGGAUCUCACGAAUUGAAAAAUCUAAAGCAUCGCUUCUUGGUAAUGCCCCGAUAUAGCACUGACUUGUGGGGCUUGUUUUUGAAGCAUGAAAAGCGAUUUCCAUUGCACACACUCUAUCGCAUUGCACUACAGAUGAUCGAUGUAUUGGAGUACAUUCACGAUUGUACUUACGUUCAUGCCGAUCUGAAAGGAGCCAAUAUAUUACUUGGGUUCGGAAAAACAGCUAGCAAGAAUCAACUGUUCUUGGUGGACUUUGGGCUGGCUAGUCACUAUACCAAUAAAGACUUCAAACCGGAUCCAAAGAAAAUGCACAACGGUACGAUCGAGUACACUUCGCGGGACGCCCACCAUGGAGUUCCUACGAUGCGCGGCGAUAUGGAAAUCUUGGCGUACAACGUAAUUCAGUGGGCUGGGACUUUGCUUCCUUGGGAGGCAGAAAAACUUUUAACUAAUCCCGUUAAAGUUCAAGAAUCGAAAGAAAAGCACAUGAAAGAUGUCAGCGGUUUCAUGAAGUACUGUUUCAAGAAAGACAUUCCUAAACCAAUCCAAGAAUACGUAAAAUACGUUGCUACUUUGAAGUAUAACGAUAAGCCUGAUUAUUCAAAAUGUAGAAAAUUCUUUGAAACGGGUCUCAAAGAAUUGGGAAAAUCGAAUACAGGGGAUUUAGAAUUCGAGACAAAAGUGUCGAAAUCCGCCACAUCGUCAAAAAGCAAAAUCGCCGAACCCGAUUCGACUGAGUCUUCGGGACCGAUGGCACGCCCACGAGGUCGUCCACCAAAGGUAAUCAGUACCAGUCCGGAUACAACGUCUAAGGAAGAGCCUCCUUUAAAAAGAAAGCAGCCAACGCCGCCUAAGCCCGUUCAAAAAAAGAAGAAACCAACUGCCAUUGUAGAUUCCCCCGAACCCGCUAUCAAUGGACAUAGAACAUCCACACCAUCGUCGGAGGUUGUUUCCACGAAACUCUCCGCUCAGCAACCAUCCGGAUCAAUACGGCUUAACACAAACAUCGAGGGUGGCACACCCAAAGCUGGCAUUAAGGCCAAAAAAACCUAUGCCUUCAACUUCGAAUUGGACGUCAGCAUUGAUGCCGAUGUCAUCGUCAAUGUUCGUCGGAAGAAAACUGCCCGAACGGAUUCACCUGUUCCAGAAUCCGUCAAACCAUCGCCAGCGCCUGUAAGAUCUCCUUCCUUGUCGCCCUCGCCGGCGAUUUUACCGAAACGUACCCGGCGGCAAAACGCGUCUUACCAGAAGGACAACAGCAUAAUAUCCUUGAACACAACCGAGGAUCGAGACCAAUCCUCGGUGCAACCGGACGACGAUACUAUUCCGAACAGUGAUCCCAACACGCCGGAACCGCGCUAUCAGGCUUCCCGAUCAAUCGUGAGCACACCGCAGCGCAAGUUGGCGGCGGCCGUUGGGCGCACCAACGCUCGUCUUGGGCAGGCAGCUUCUCGCGCUGGUGAGUACAAAGGCAAAAAGGCUAAGCCGUGAACGAGGGAUUUGAAUGUGUUUUUGUAGUAUUAUUAUUAAUUAUUUUACAAAAAAUUGCCAUUUUUCCGCAUUUUGUGUUAAAUAUUGAUUAAUAAUUUCGAUCAAUAAAUUUACGAGACAUGACUGCUCUCUCCGUUAGUUGAUGCCAUCAUGUAAAAAACA